AUGCGUCGAUACCGGAAAUUGAAUGCAUCGACCGUACCAGACCGAUAUCCUGUCCCUCAUAUCCAUGAUUUUGCAUCCGGAUUGAUGGGGCUCGCAUCUUCUCGAAAAAUCGACCUGACAAGGCAUACCACCAGAUCCCCGUCGCUGCGGAAGACGUCCCAAAAACGGCAGUCACAACACCGUUUGGCCUAUACGAAUUUCUGCCGUUCGGUCUACACGUUUUUCAAAACCAACAUCUCCUUUUCGUCGAUCCGCCACAAAAUGGCCCGGCUUAUAUAUGCAACUCCAUACAAAGAACCGGUAAUUCGUACAUCCCUCAACACUUGCGAGAUUGCAAAUUCGUUUCGUACGGAACGACGCCGUGAGACGACCACUCACGCCGGCAUACCAAAAGGUCCUUUUCAGGUUCUUCGACGCACCGACAAGCACCUUACGAUCAAGCGCGCCAACUCGACCGACACCAUCGUAAUUCGGACCAAGCCUGCUUUUCUGGAGAAGCGACAGUAUGACGCAAACCCGGCUCUGCGGCCCCUAAUGCUAUUCCAGCACACCCAUCAGACGCAGCACCGCAGACAUCAAACGACACCCCAGCGACUCCUGUGCGGCAGACCCGAUCCGGUAGGAGGGUCACUUUCCUAA